AUGAGUACUACUGAAGGUAACACCUUAAAGAGGUGGACGAAGAAGAACAAAAAUAGUGGGGAAUUUGACAGGAUAAGCUCUCUUCCUGACCCCAUCCUGAUUGAAAUACUUUCUCUUUUACCCCUCAAUUCUGCCUUCGCCACCAACAUUCUGGCGCGGCGAUGGCAACAUCUAUGGACUCAAAUCACCUCUCUCAACAUUGUUGUGGAUGAUCAUUCUCGUGCGCACAAACAUCUUGUUACCACCUUAGAGGAAAAAAUCCUUCCAAAACUCCCUAAUCAAUGGCUUAUUCAUAAGCUCAAUAUUGUUCGUCCUUGUUUUCACAAUGCUUGGUGGGCGAGUUUAGAUUCAUGGUUUUGUAGAUUUUCUCUAGCUCCAUGGAACAUCAGGGAAAUCAAAAUAACAUAUGAGAAACAAUAUAUAGGGGAUUGGUCAGUACCCUUAACUUAUAUUUUCCAAAUACCUUCAGUAGUAGUACUUGAACUACUAUCAUGUGAUUGGAGCUUUCUUUACAAGGAUGAUUGUAUAGUUAAUCUUCCUAAUUUGAAGAAGUUGAAGUUACAUUUUGGACCUACAUUUAAAUACUGCUGGUUGAAAACCCUUAUCGAGUCUUGUCCGACUCUUGAAGAGUUGUCUAUUAGGCUUAAUUAUUGGUAUGAUGAGGAAUCACCUUCCAGAGUUUUAUGGAUAUCAGGUCGAAAUUUGAAAAGAUUGUCUGUAUGGUUGACAUCGGUUAUGAACACCGUAGUUAAGGAAGAAGGAAGCAAUUCUUUCCUUCAUCUCUUUCCCUCAAUUCAGUCUACAUUCAACCUUGAGCCCCAAGCAAAUUUUCCUUCUCAUUCACUCUACUUGACUCUACAAAUCAGACACAAUUUCAACUAA